CCCGUUUGCAACUCUAAUCAAUAUGCGGGUGACCUAAGCGGCCUCGCCGUGACACGGAGCAAGGCGAGCCGAUCGAGGCUCCAAAAUGGGGAAGAGAAACUCCAUGUUGACUCUGUUAAAAUGCGACCUCUGCUGCAUGUUUUCAACCAAGAAUGCCUACAUCUUCAAGCGCCACAAGAUCCGCUGUAAGCGGGAGAGGUACACCGAGGCCCACACCCCAAAUCAAAGACCAGACAAGGUGAAACUAAAACUAUCAGGAGCCUCUUUAUUUGCAUCAGCAUCAACAUCUAAAUUACCAAAGCUUGAACUACAAAACAGCGAUCCAAGUUCUCCAGCAGACGAGUCCCUGGAAUUACCCGAGGGAUCAAGUGACGGUAAUUUUAAGGCUGAAGAAGUACCACCUUCAGCUGAUUCAUCAACAGAAAUCUAUCGUAAAGGAAAUGUUUACUGUAGAACAUAUCGCUGUCCCGAGUGCACCUAUUGGACCAAUAAAUCCAAGACAUUUCUGUACCAUCUCAUCAACACACAUAACAAGAACCUCAGCAUCUUUGUAUGCAGCUUCUGCGAGUACUCCUGUAAGCAUCGUCACAAGGUGCAGCGCCAUCUCAAGUUGGUUCAUCGAUACAACAUCCACAUCGACGACGUCAAGAUUGAGUACCAAAACGAAGCCUCAGCUGCCAACUUCAAGAGCAAGUCUCCAAAACUGCCUGCAGUAAGCCCUAUUAAAAACAUUGCUCCACUGAAGGUGAAGAUCGCCCUGACGACUACGGCCGGUCGACAGGCAGCCCGCGGUAAAGAUAUCCUACCCGUCGGGUACGAGAACCACAUAGUAGAGCUGACAUCGGGAGGCAAGAAACUCUUCAAGUGCAAAUACUGUUUGUUCAACAACGCUGACAAGUAUCGCGUGUCGAAGCAUGUGCAAUGCAUACACAUCAAUGCCAAGACCUACAAGUGUAACAUCUGCGCGUUCACUACGGUGAAGAAAAAGGACUACUAUACCCACAAAUCGACCCACAGUGGCAAGGCUGCGUAUGUGUGUGAUGAGUGUGACUACACCUCAGACUUCAAGCCUAACCUGGACCGACACCGACUCAAUCAUACCAACAGUUACAACAUCAAGUGUAAGUUCUGUACUUACUCGUGCGACCACGAAGGCACUGUCAAGCGCCAUAUGGCCAACAAUCACACCAACAGUGCAGAAAACGUGUCCCUGAUUUUCCCCGACGCCGACACCUCCGUCGAGUCGACCAUUGAUGAAGCUCCUCCCCAUGGGUUGAAGCCUGCCGUAGCCUCACCAAACAUGGGUAAAGUAAAAAGUCCAAACUCAUCGGCGAAUAUAUCAGACACUGACUUUGGUGGAGAGGGAAUUCCGAGCCUUCAAACUGUGGAGGGAAGCUUCUUCUGUCCUCUCUGUGGGCUUAAGUACAAAAGGUCUUCUGACCUGAACCGCCACAUGAAAUUAAAGCACAAGAUGACUGUGAAGCAAUAUCUGCGUGAUGUGGACUUGUACAGGAACAGCACGCCGGUAGUCGUCUCUAACCAGGUAGAGCUGGAGGUGGAACAGCCACAUGAGGAGGAGGAGGAGGAGGAGGUGGCAGGCGAUGGUCCAUUGGACCUGUCUGUGUCCUCAAAGGAUCUGGAUGAAAUCAUGGACAAAGACAGUCUCAAAUGCUGUUACUGUACAUACCAAGCUAAGUGGCCCAGCGACCUUCAACGUCACAUGGUUGUGCACACAGUAGAGAAACGCUACAAGUGUCCACACUGCAACAAACAGUACAAGUAUGUGGGGGACCUCAACGUCCACCUCAGGAGGGAUCACAAAAAAGAACCUGGCUCUGUCAAGCAUGUCAAGGUUCCCACCAUUCCAAACCGCAAGUCCUCGCCGGCCAUAUUUAAAUGUCCGUCUUGUUCGUUCACCUCUCCUUGGAAGUCGGAGGUCGACAGACACUCGAAGCUCCAUAAAGGUGACAAACCCUUCUGCUGCAAGCACUGUACGUACCAGACACACUGGAAAGGCGACAUUCGCAGACACAUGUAUAAACAUCACCCAGCUGUCAUGGUUGAUGAUGUUAUACUGGAUGAGGUCAUCACCAUCCUAGCAGAUAAGUUACCGGGAAAGGACAAGGAGGUCGCAGAACCACUUGAUGAAGAGAAGAUGGAGGUGGAAAGCAUUUCUAGUCAUGACACGGACCAUAUGUUUGAUGGCGAGGAUGAAGAUGAAAGUGAUUCGGAAUCGUCACCGAUGAAGGCGUCUCCCUCAGGUUUGUUCAGGUGUAAUUACUGUGACUUUGUCACCAAUGCCCAAUCCAAGCUCAAGGCUCACGAAUCGACCCACACCAACCUGAAGCAAUACAUGUGUCCAGUGUGUGGGCGACGGGCCAACUGGAAGUGGGACAUCAGGAAACACAUCCGAAAAGACCACCACAACAGUCCGCUGGAUGUGGUCAAGCUAAGCCGCCAGGAAGCUGAGGCUACCAUACAGACCUAUAUGGACACCAUGCCAGUGGUCCGACGGGAACACCACCUCAAUGUUCCCGCUUCCACCGAAGAGGAACCCGGCAAACCGGGCAACAGCUUUGUCUGCAGUGCCUGCGACUUCAACUCUAGCACUCGGGUCGCUGUGAGUAGGCACAUUCGAAACUCACACAGUGGCUUGAAUGUAGAUAUCAUCUGUCUGGUUGAAGAAGAUGUGGACGACGAGGUCCAGAUAAAAAUUCCACGCAUGAGUUUACCCUCUGUACAUGAGCCCAGGAUGUCUACUCCAAUAGCAGCUGCCAACAUUCCCACACGCAAUCUUCCACCAUUCUAUAUUGCUGAACAAGGAGAUAAGGACAAGCCGUACAAAUGUGUUGAAUGUGGAAAAACUGGUAAUAUUAAAGCAGACAUUCGAAAGCAUUAUCAUUACAGGCAUCCAAACCAACCAAUCAGAAUCUGGUACACUGAUGAGAGCGGUACCAAGAUGCUUCCGGAGGAACCACCCAUACCACUUAACAACAAGAGGAAGCUGUCGGCAUCCUCCAUCUCCAGCAUGCUGGAGCAUGAAAGGACCCCCAGCAAGAAUAUGUCAAAUACCACAGAGGCCACGCCAGAGAAAGAGGCCCUGGAGGUGUCGCACAACCGAGUGUCUGCAGCUAGCCUUAUCAAGCCGUUUAUGUGUGGUGACUGUGGGAAGCGCAGUGCCACGAAGGCAGAUAUAAAGAAACACUACAACUACAUCCAUCCGGGAGCAGAGGUUAAAGUGGUGUACCAAGAAAAUCCAAACUCGCCUUAUGAUCGAUUCAAGAGUAACUGUAACAGCAGUCAGACCACACCUGCCUCAUCGCCUGCAAAGAGUCCUUCACCUGCCAAACGCGCAUCCCAUAGUUAUCCAGGGGGUCUGCCAAUCGCCUCAGCAGAUCCAAAAGUAUUCGGCUACUGUAAGCCAUUCCAGUGCUCGGACUGUGGACGACGAUCAAACUGGAAGUGGGACCUCAACAAACACAUUAGAAUGAAACAUCCAGGCAGCACGACAGCCCACAUGAUCGCACUAACUGAGGAAGAGGCCCGAGGAUCCCACGACGAGUACAUGGCUCAGUUCAGCCAAACCACUCAUGUUUCCAGUGCUUACAAAAAGGCCGUAAAGCUGGAGGCAGAGAAAGCUCCGGAGAUAAACAACCCUCAAAGUGUACCAAGUAAGGGAGUCUACAAGCAAUUCAAGUGCUCUGGGUGUCCCUACCGAUCUAACUGGCGCAGUGAUAUCCUUCGGCACACAAAACGCAAACACGGUGGGCGCUCCAGGCUGGUCGUCAUGGAUACGGAGGAGGCUAAAGUUUCACUAAUGGAGUACAACUAUAAUCCGAGGAAAAAGAGGGAAGGAGAUCAAAUUCCUCAGUCGAAGCAUAGCAGUGGCCUGACAAACAUAUGGAAGUGUGGGAAAUGUCCGUUCAAAAACCGUGACCGAACAGUCGUAAUCAACCAUCUUAGCAUGCACAGUGUGAAGGCCUACAAAUGUUCCAUCUGUAACUAUGCGACCAACUAUCGCAGCUCUGCUUGUCGACACAUUCGGGUCAGGCAUCACAGUGAAAAUUUAUCCCUCUGUAGGUCUGCCAUCAAAUGUGUGAAACAAGGCAAGGACGGACAGGUCCUGGAGCCAGUCGAAAACGUAGAAAAGGAGGACUUCGACUGGAAGGACGCUGAACCAGACAACUUUUAUGACAUGUUCAAGUGUAAGCUUUGUGGGUUUCAGUCCAGCUGGCGAUCCUGCGUCACCAGACAUCUGCGCGAGAAACACAAGGGCGGAGGAAGCAAGGGUAAGGUGCUCAGGGUCCGAAAGUAUCUCAAGGAUGAACAUAAAUCCAACAAAGAGGUUCGCAUCGCAGACCGGCGGUUCAAGUGUGAGGUGUGUCCCUAUCGCACUGACAAGUCUAACCUUCUGCAGUUCCACAUGAGCUGCCAUACGGCCCAGCCAAAUGCACAACAGGUCAAGUGUCCUUAUUGCCCCUACUUUGUCGUGGCCCAGCGGCUCCUCCGUCAGCACAUUAAGCUCCAUGAAGGAAACGUUUAUCCGGAAACCGCUACUAGUACCAAGGAGGUUGUGUUCUCGGCUCCCACAACGCCUGUCAAGUCUAAUGUUGUGCCUAGCAUUUCUACCACUCCGAAACGUCACCGAUGUGAGAAAUGUCCGUACACAAGUAACAGCAAGAACGACUACCUGUACCACAAGCAGUUCCACAAGCCCAAGGAGAACGCCGAAUUCAAAUGCCAUUUGUGCGACUAUUGGGUAACCCACAGGCGCCUGCUGAAGCAGCACAUGAAGGUGCACGAGAUCUACCAUGCUUCACCUGCGGCCAAGAGCACCAACAGCUCGGUUCAGUCCUCACCCUGCAAGUCUGACUUCUCCGAGUCCAGCAGUAUCUACGACAUGGUUCAACUUGCCAACUACAAACAGAAAGUCAUUGCCUCGAAGAUAAUGCCCAGUAUUUCCCAGAAACCUCUGAUGUCUCCUAUGAAGAUAGCUUGCUCCGUUGGUAACAAGCCAGGCUAUGUGUUCAGGAACGGUGUCUACAAGAAGCUGCAGAAGUGCAAAAAGUGUCCGUACAUGACUGUUCGUCUCAGGAAUCUGAAGCUGCAUGAGAUGAUGCAUAAUGUGCGGGUAUCGAGGGCCCCCAUGCUGAAAUGUCCCCACUGUGACUACUACGUGGGGUCCAAGGGCUUGAUUUCCCACCACCUCAAAGUGCACCAGCCCGGCUACAUGGCAGAUUUCUCUGACACUACCAUAUCAGACCUCGAGGCCAUGGAGGGUGGAGGUGCCGACGAGGAUGUGGAUGACAAGUCGGACAUUGUCGACAUCCCGUACGAGAGCAAAGUUGACACACUUUACGAGAUAGCCAGGUUCAAGAAAUACAGCUGUGAAAAAUGUCCUUACGCUAGCGCCAAGAGAUCACACUAUGAACACCAUGUGGAGCUUCAUGGCAGCAAGCAGCGAUGUGGUUGUCGUUACUGUGACUACAGCGUGCCCUCACAGAACCUAUUGGCCCAGCACGAGAAACUGCAUAGAACUCCCAACCAGAAUCUCAUGGUUGCCCAGUCUUUGUCAAAUCUCCUGCAGCUCCCUGAGGUCCCCGCAGAUGUGGCUCUGGCCAGCGCUCUGCCGCCUCUGGACACCAAGGAAUCCUUCACAGUCAAUGUCACCCACGAUCAUCUCGAGCUGUUUGAGAACUCGUCUGAAGCAGAUUCUGAACCUAAGAAGCUGUAUCGGUGUGAUCGAUGUCCCUAUGCCAAUGUCAGACGUGAUCACCUGCUGUCUCACCUCAAGUUCCACAUGAUCCGCAGUGACCUUGCCUGUCCCUACUGUGAUUACACAGCGGCCAAACAACACCUACUCACUCAGCACAUCAAGGUCCACUUCUCUCCCUUGCCGGAACUCUCCAACUGGCUGGCUCAGAAUGGACAGAUGGAUCGAAUGAAGCAAUCCAAGGAACCAGACAUCACGGAGGCCCUGUACGUGGCUCAGUUACUGCAGGGAGAAAUCAAAAAGGAGGCUAGUAGGAAAAGUAUGGAAGUCGAACUCUCCAAGAGUGAGGUAGUAGAGAAAAUGAGUUCUGCAGAGUGUAGUUUGACAGACAUUCCCUCCAGUAGUUCUGACUGUCAGAUGUCAACAACAGAACCUGUAGCGGUUAAUCCAGCAUCAGAAUCGUCGGCCAAAACUCAAAUUGAAGGUGAGGCAGAAGUAAAAACUCCCACUGAAGAUGAAAUAUCUGCUUCAGGAAAACCUGCAAGCGACGAUGGCCCUGAAGCGGAGACUUCAGAGACUGAGUUACCUGGUGUAGUACCAGUCAAUGGUGGCCCUAUGGCAGUUGACCCUUCCUCCGAGGCUCAAGUACCUGUUGCCAUCCAAACACCUGCAGUGAAUGGAGUACCAGAAGCAGUCAGCCUUCCCAUAGAGAACGGUGCGCCAUCUGUUGAGAAGAGUCAGACAGAGUCGGGAAUACUGGCCGACCCAGCCGCGGAGAGUCAGGUCGCCGAGGUUACACAGGAGGAGGUCAAGGAGCCUAGUAAAGAUGACGGCUACAUCUGUCAGUACUGCGACCGGGAAUUCAGUGCGUCUGACCUGCUCGUCAUGCAUGAGAUGCAGCAUCUGAUUGGAAACAACUUCAAGGACUACAUGGUGGAAGGUCAUUUUCAGACCAAGACUGAAAAUUCAGAAGCAAUGACAAAUGGUGACAGCGAAAAUGUUGAGGAAAAGGGCAGGAUUGAAGAAGAAACGAUAAAGGAUGUUGUGGUCCAAAAUGGAGAAGAAAAGUGUUCUCAAAACGGAGAAACGCCUGUAACGCCCGUACAAAAUGGAGUGAAGGAUAAAGUGACUGAGACACCAAAAGAAAGUGAGGGGUCUGGACUGGGUGAGGGAACAGACAACCAUCUCAUAGAGGAAAAACCGAUGGAAACUGACCAGUAGUAUUCUUAUACACUGUAGUGUAAAUUUGCAACAGUAUUUAUUUCAAACUGUUCAUAUUUUCUGUCUUCACGCCAAUGAGACGGAUGUGAGUGUAAAUAUAGUACUGGAAGCCAAGUCUUGAUGCUUUGCUAGAUUCAUGCACCAAACACAUUCAGGAAUAAGGGAAACCAUUGCCUUCAUGUUAUAAGCUUGUGCAGUGCCAAUAUUUUUGACAGUUUUAGCAAAAUUGUGGUGCGACGCCUGUUACAAUCCCGUGCUGUGAAAGUUCUCCAAACAUUGAGUCUGUGGAACAGCCAACAGAGGGAACAAAUCAACAGCAAGUUAUGAAUGCUUAUUUUCAGUGAUACCUCUUCAAAAGAGGAUUUUAAUAUAUGGAAAAAAAUCAUAGCUUUAAUGCAAUACUGUAGACAGGGAAAUUUUCACUGCAGUUCAAUUUUUGCAGGUUUUCGCCCGCUGUAAUGAGGGCGAAUUCGUCGUUACAGCGAACAUUUGUAAACAACAUAUUUAAUAUACAUAGUAAUUAAAUGUGAAGGGCAAAUUUAACAUUCGGCAAAAAUCGAUUUUACUGUCAAGGUGGAAAAUUCUACUUGGCGAAAAAUUUCUCGGUGUUCAGUAUCACUUCUCACUUGUGUUGUGAUAAAUAUUUGUGAGAUGAACAAAUGCUGAGGAAAUUACGCGAAAAACUAAAUAUCUCGCGAAACCAGUGAUUUACCGCCUUGGAAAUAAAGAGCUUGAGCCGAUGCAAAUUGUGACCUGCUGUGUGGACACAGCCGUCUGUGACAUUCUUGUAGUUCGUAUUAUUUACAUGUACACUCCUCGAAGGAACUUCAAUACCUGAAGUGAUAGAGUUAUCAACUGGCUGAUGUCAAGCUCUUUGUUGACCUGAAAUGCUUGAAGCAUUAUCAGGUUUUUCUCCCGUCAGGAUGUAUGAAUUAAAGACUGUACAAAGCUGGACUAACAUCUGUUAAUUGAUUGCUUGGUCUGUGAGACUGUGAUGUGUGGUUGGGGAUGCAUGGGUUAUGGUGCCUGUUUUACGAUGCAUGGUCUAGUCUGUUAAUAUGUGAUUUGAAUGGUGCAGUGCGUUAUAUUCUGUUGUUAAAAGAUAAAAUCUGACAUGUCAAAAAAUGUACAGUAAUUUUACAAGGAAGCUUCAGACAUGUGUUAUCUUCUGUUAUUGAAGACAAAAUCUGACAUGUUUAAAAAUGUACAGUAGUUUUACAAGGAAGCUUCAGACAUGUGUUAUCUUCUGUUAUUAAAGACAAAAUCUGACAUGGUCAAAAAUGUACAGUAGUUUUACAAGGAAGCUUCAGACAUGUGUUAUCUUCUGUUAUUAAAGACAAAAUCUGACAUGUUUAAAAAUGUACCGCAAGUAAUAUAAGGAAGCUUCGGAAAUUGACCGCUGACCGGUUCAGGUCAAAACUAGUGAUCUAAAGUGUGUGUUGGAUACAAUGUAAUUUGGGGCCUUAUCAUUAUACAGUUCAUGUUGUUGCUUAUACAACUCAGUAUCUUAUACAUUUUUUUAGAAAAAAACUUCAGAAACACUAAUUACACAGGAGGUAUUAUUAAACAAUCCUAUUUUAUUGAUUUGGGUGGUGCAAAUGACUUGUCCAGGCUAUUAAUGUAGAACGGAUUAUUUACGUGGGCUUAAUUUUUUUUUUGCAAUUUUGUCCAAAAUUAGAAAGUUAAACUCACAUGUUAUCUGUGAAUAUCUGUGACUUGCAAAAAAAACAGUGAUUUUAUAUUUAGUAUUUAUGAGAGUUAUGAUAAUUUGCCCUUUUUUUCAAUCAGUGCAAAAAAUAACUUUGGAAUAUUAUAAUUGUUAAAAUACAGUAUACAGUUACAAGUUUUCAUAAAAUAUAUUUGUAUACAGUACUGUAGAACUACAUAUUUCAGACAAUUUUGAAUCAUAAAUAGCUGAAGUGAAACUCGAGAGGCCAUGCUUACAAUUGAAAACUUCAUUUUGAUUUAAUUUCAAACGUUAAUUCAAAUUUAAUUUAAAAAGUUUAGUUAGAUUUUAUUUCAAAAGUUUA